AUGUCAAUUUCCACCAAAAUACCUCACUCACUUCUCUUUCGCCGCCUCGCAGCUCCAUUCCUGAAAUCCUCGAAAACCCAAUCUUAUUCUCCUCUCCAAAUCCCCAACUUAUUCUUCUGUAAGCCCAUCACUUUCCAAAGAUUAUCAACCAACCGACCGGUUUUUUCAUCUUCGCCUUCAUCUUCUAUGCAGCCCUCAGCUUCUAUCCAGCCCAUUGAGGAGCUUCCCCCUAAGCUCCAAGAAAUCGUUAACCUAUUCCAAGGAGUUCAAGAACCGAAAGCCAAGUACGAGCAGCUAUUGUUCUAUGGCCGGAAUCUAAACCCUUUGGAACCCCAGUACAAAACAAGCGAGAACAAGGUACAAGGCUGCGUUUCCCAGGUUUGGGUCCGGGCAUAUCUGGAUGGUGAUAAAAAUGUCAUCUUUGAAGCAGAUUCGGAUUCAGUUCUCACAAAAGGGCUGGCCGCGUUGCUCGUCCAAGGCCUUUCGGGACAGCCCGUGGAGAAGAUUGUGAAGGUGUCGCCCGAUUUCGUGGUGCUUUUAGGGUUGCAGCAGAGCUUAACCCCAUCCAGGAAUAAUGGGUUCUUGAAUAUGUUGAAAUUAAUGCAAAAGAAGGCUCUGCAAUUGUAUGUUGAAUACGAGAAGGCUGAUAGUUCAAGCAGUGAUACAGCUGAAAAGGUCCCACAUCACAGUCUUAGUUUUGUGCCGAUCGAUGAUGAUAUUGGAAAUGAUGGGGUCGAGUCUAGUGAAAAAGACAGCAACUUGAGGGAGGACCCUAGCAGUGGAAGUGUAUUGGGGAAUAGGGGGAUGAGGAUAAAGGAGACUCUAGAGAAAGGACUGAGUCCUGUCAAGUUGGAAAUUGAGGAUGUUUCUUACCAGCAUGCUGGCCACGCGGGUGUCAGAGGAAGUGACGGCGAGACGCAUUUCAAUGUAAAAGUGGUUUCUCAAGAGUUUGAAGGCAAGAGCUUGGUCAAGAGGCAUAGAUUGAUUUACAGCUUGUUGCAUGAUGAGUUGCAAAGUGGACUUCAUGCUUUGUCGAUUACGGCCAAGACACCGGCAGAAGUCGGUGGUCUAUGA